AAAAAGGGAAGACUUUUUCUUGGAUCGGUCAGACAGGAAAGGUGUCUGUUUGGGUAAAGACACAGACAGACUUUGCGGUGGGGCCCUAAAAAACCCCAAGGCCCACGGCCCAUUAGAAGGAUCCGCGUCUAUAAGUUAAAAAUAAUUAAUUCCGGAUAUUAAAUGCUAGGCCACAUCAUCUCAAAUCUGACCCCACUGGAAGUCUGGAACACUGGACAAGAGACAAGAAGAUCAUCACGCAGACUGUCAUUCAAACUGCCAGAUCACGCCGUCAAAACACGACUAUCAAGAUUCGUACUCAUUAACCCCAUCAGAGAUCAUAAGAUCAAGACGCCAUCCAUGAAAAGGCAAACGAUCACGGCACAUUAAUUAACUUGUCUAUUAGGAGUUCCGUUAACUCUCCGUUAGAAACCGUCAUGCCCAAGAUAUACGGUGAUAUGCGGACUGCGCUCACGUUCUUCCUUCAGAACUAUCAGUCUUCAGCGAUGAAGAAGCAUGCCUGCACCGUGCAACCUCUCUCUGUCUCCAUCUCCGCUUUCAGCUUUCGACAAUCGCCGAGUCUAGCUCCAAUUCUACUGAAGCUCCACUCUGAAAUUUGUAAAAAGAAACAACUGCAGAGAUGAGGAGCAUUUGCAGAUGCUUCCUUUUCUUUGCUUCAGUUUGUCUCGCUUUCUCCACAUCUUCUUCAACUACAGAUCUCGAUGCUCUGCUGAAGCUCAAAACCGCCAUGAUCGGACGGCGAGGUUCUGGCCUGGACGACUGGAACGUUUCAUCUUCUCGAAACUCACAUUGCCUGUUUUCUGGUGUCUCAUGUGACGAAAAUUCAAGGGUAGUUGCGCUCAACGUCUCAUAUGUUCCUCUCUUCGGGACAGUUUCUCCGGAGAUCGGUCUGUUAAACAAGCUUGUCAACCUCACACUUUCCUGCAACAACCUCACAGGAAAGCUUCCUGAAGAGAUCGCCAACCUCACCUCUCUCAAGCUUCUAAACAUCUCAAACAAUGCCUUUGUAGGUGGAGUCCCAGAGGGCAUCGCAGGAGGUUUGCUCGAGGUCGAGAUCUUUGAUAUCUAUAACAACAACUUCACGGGACGUCUCCCAACCGGGCUCGUGAAACUAAAGCGGCUUAAACAUCUCCAUCUCGGAGGAAAUUUUUUCUCCGGUGAGAUUCCUUCUGUGUACUCCGAGAUUCAGAGCUUGGAGUAUUUAGGUUUGAACGGGAAUGGAUUAUCAGGCAAGAUUCCGGCCACUCUAAGCAGGCUUUCGAACUUGCGAGAACUCUAUAUUGGUUAUUACAGCACGUACGAAGGAGGUAUUCCAACGGAGUUUGGUUCGUUAAGUUCGUUACUUAUACUUGAUAUGGGAAGCUGUAAUCUUACCGGGGAGAUUCCUGCAAGUCUGGGCCGUUUGAAGCUGCUGCACACUCUGUUUCUACAGCUUAACAAGCUUUCAGGUCUGAUUCCGGCGGAGCUUUCCGGCCUUGUCAGUCUGAAAUCACUAGACCUUUCGAAUAAUGAUCUUACGGGAGAGAUUCCCGAGAGCUUCUCUGAGCUAAAGCAGCUGACACUCAUUAAUCUCUUUCGUAACCAUCUACGCGGCCGAAUCCCACCGUUCGUCGCUGAGCUCCCGUAUCUCGAGGUCUUACAAGUGUGGGGGAACAACUUCACCUUCGAGCUCCCUCAGAAUCUCGGAAGUAAUGGUAUGCUUAAAAAGAUUGACGUAAGUAUAAACCAUCUCACCGGACCAAUACCUCCGCGUCUCUGCGCCGGUCAAAGGUUGGAGACGUUGAUAUUGAUGAAUAAUUACUUCCUUGGUCCAAUUCCUGAAGAACUCGGCGAUUGUAAAUCGUUGACUCGGGUACGUCUCAUGAAGAAUUUUCUCAACGGAACGAUCCCAUCUGGGCUGUUCAACCUACCAUUGGUUGAUAUGCUGGAGCUCAAUGAUAACUUCUUUACCGGCGAACUUCCGGACAGAAUAUCUGGCGAAACACUCGGAUUGCUGACCCUAUCCAACAACCGGAUCACCGGAAAAAUUCCGCCAGCUAUUGCAAACCUUACAAACCUGCGGACUCUCUCCCUCGAUGUAAACCUAUUUUCCGGCGAAAUUCCGCCGGAGAUAUUUGGUCUAAAGAUGCUUUCCAAGAUCAAUAUCAGCAGUAACAACAUUACAGGUGAGAUCCCUAUCGCUCUGGGGCACUGCAAGUCUCUAUCGUCGGUAGAUUUCAGUCGUAAUAAUCUUUUCGGCCGAAUCCCAAGAGAAAUUGCGAAGCUCGAAAUCCUUAGCACACUGAACCUAUCAAGGAACCAUCUUACAGGACAAAUUCCCAAUGAGAUAAGAUCAAUGGCCAGCCUGACAAUACUUGAUUUAUCCUACAACAAGUUGGCGGGUUCGGUGCCGACUGGUGGGCAAUUCCUGGUCUUCAACGACACCUCUUUUACGGGAAAUCCCAAUCUUUGCAGCCCAUUGCUUCAUGUACAAUGUUUACCAUCCCAAAACUUGGAUGGGUUUUCGGGCCGAAGCUCCGCGUCCUCAAAAGUCGUUAUCGUCAUUGUGAUCAUCUUAGUUGUUCUGUUGGGCCUUGUCACUGCAGCUUUAAAGCUCAAAAGCUACCGGAAAAAAUGCCGCGAAUCAAAAGCUUGGAAACUGACCCCGUUCCAGAAGCUCGAUUUCAAGGUAGAAGACGUGGUCGAAUGCUUGAAGGAAGAGAACAUCAUCGGAAAAGGUGGCGCCGGAAUCGUUUAUCGUGGGUCCAUGCCGGAUGGCGUGGACGUGGCCAUUAAGCGCCUGGUGGGGAGAAGCAGUGGCAGGAGCGACCACGGCUUCUCUGCUGAAAUUCAAACUCUGGGAAGAAUCCGACACCGAAACAUUGUUCGAUUGCUAGGGUUCGUGUCUAACAACGAUACAAAUCUGUUGAUUUACGAAUACAUGCCGAACGGCAGCUUGGGAGAACUAUUGCAUGGAUCGAAGGGUUCGCACUUACAGUGGGAGACGAGGUGCCGAAUCGCAGUGGAGGCAGCGAAGGGAUUGUGCUACCUUCACCACGACUGCUCUCCUCUUAUAAUUCAUAGGGACGUGAAAUCAAACAAUAUCCUACUUGAUUCCGACUUCGAGGCCCAUGUCGCAGACUUUGGGCUCGCCAAGUUUCUACAGGGUGCCGGAGCGUCGGAGUGUAUGUCCUCCAUUGCUGGAUCGUACGGUUACAUUGCGCCAGAGUACGCAUACACGCUCCGGGUGGACGAGAAGAGCGACGUGUACAGCUUCGGGGUGGUUUUGCUAGAGCUGAUCACCGGGCGGAAGCCAGUCGGCGAGUUCGGGGAUGGGGUGGAUAUUGUGAGGUGGGUCCAGAAAACAACAUCGGAAAUCUCAAAGCCGUCGGAUGCCGCGACAGUGCUGGCAGUGGUGGAUCCCAGGUUAAGCGGGUACCCGUUAGCCGGGGUGAUCAAGCUGUUUAAAGUGGCUAUGCGUUGCGUCGCAGAGAAGAGCAGUGAAAGACCUACUAUGAGGGAAGUGGUUCACAUGCUCACUAAUCCUCCUCCUUCGCCUCCUAAUCUGCUGGCCAUGUAAGCAUAUUUCCUGCAAUCUGCAAAGUAGUUAUGUAGUGUAGGUGAGUAGGGACAUGUUGGGUAUAAAAAAACAAGGGAAGGGGGGAUAUAGAUUGGGGCAUUGCGGGGUUUACUUAUGUGCCCACAACUGUAAAUUCUGAUUUUUUUUCUUGGUUCGGUGGUAGCGAGAUUUUUGUACCUUAAAUUGAAUGGUUUAGCUGCUUCAGGGAA